AGUUCCAGUUUCUCAGUACGAGAUUAACAACCUAUCCACCGUCACACCUCCUUGGAAAAUUAAGGAAGAAAAUGCCAACACAUCCUCGAAGAGGACAAAUUCCAUCGAAAACCAAGUAGCUGCGAUACAUAAAACAAUUUCUCAAUCUCCGCCAGUGCGAACAAAUGAACAAAAAACAACCACUACUUCCAAACAAGUAAAGAUUUUCAAAGUAGCUGACAUUGCGAAGUCUCUACUUACGAAAAGAGUGGAUCCGUCUUCUGACAUACCACAGGAUAAUGAAGAAGAAAUGUCGAAUGUAAACAAAAACAUUGACGACAACCAACAACAACGUAAUCGUCCUUCACUAACGCAGUCUGAACCUCCCGCGAAACGAACUCGAAGAAAGGCUA